AAUCACUCUCCAUCCCUCCUGAUUCUGAUUCUGAUCAUAUCCAGCGAACACUACGCACUACUAGAAAACAACACCGUCGGACGCCGGGACAACCUUUAGUCGGCACGUACGGCACCUUGAUUGACAACAGCCAUGUCGCCUUCCACCAGGAGCUGUUCAUGGCUUGUUCUUGUUCCCCUGAUCCUCUCGAUUCUUCUCGCGUGCACUGCCAACGGCGACCAUCUAAAGGUGGGCUACUACGACAAUACGUGCCCCAACGUGCAGCAGAUCGUGCACUCCGUGAUGGCGUCCAGGGUCGACGCCGACCAGUCGAUGGCGCCCGCCGUGCUCCGCCUCUUCUUCCACGACUGCUUCGUCGACGGGUGCGACGGCUCCGUCCUACUGGACGGGACGCCCUUCUCCGGGAGCGAGAAGGACGCCAAGCCCAACGCCAACUCGCUCCGGGGCUUCGACGUGAUCGACGAGAUCAAGUCCCACGUCGAGCAUGCCUGCCCGGCCACGGUCUCCUGCGCCGACAUCCUCGCGCUCGCCUCCCGCGACGCCGUCGCGCUGCUCGGGGGCCCGACGUGGGAAGUGCAGCUCGGCCGCAGGGACUCGCGCGGCGCCAACAGGACCGCCGCCGAGUACGGUCUCCCAGCCCCGAACUCCACCCUCGCCGAGCUCAUUGGCCUGUUCAGGCACCACGGCCUCGACGCGCGCGACAUGGCGGCGCUCUCCGGCGCGCACACCAUCGGCACGGCGCGGUGCCACCACUACAGGAACCGAGCCUACGGCUACGGCGGCGAGGGCGGCGCCGCCGCCAUCGACCCCGCGUUCGCGGAGCGGCGCAGGCAGACGUGCCAGUCCGCUUAUGACGCGCCGGCGCCGUUCGACGAGCAGACCCCGAUGGGGUUCGACAACGCCUACUACCGGGACCUCGUGGCGCGGCGCGGCCUCCUCACCUCCGACCAGGCGCUCUACGGCGGCGGUGGACCGCUGGACAAUCUGGUGGAAAUGUACAGCACGGACGGCAAGGCGUUCGCCAAGGAUUUUGCCAGGGCAAUGGUGAAGAUGGGCAAAAUACCACCGCCACCACAGAUGCAGGUGGAGGUCAGACUCAGCUGCAGUAACAUCAACUGGUGAUAUGCUGUAUAUAUAUAUAUGGAGGUAGAUGCAAUUCAAUUUAUAUACAAAUAAAACUAGUUAUGGAUCAAUUGUAAUCGAAUCAUAAUUACUUCAUUUGUGUUUUUGCUUAUUAAGCAAGUUGUAUAUUUGUUAUUUUAAUUAUACA